CCUUGAUAAGACGAGCUGAGGAACCCCGCUUCUGAGGAAGUCGAUGGCUGCUGGUAAAAGGGAUUCAACUCAACACGUUGAUUCUUUUGUUUCUACACCACGGUACAGGAAGAUCAAUAUGGCUACAGCUCCAGAAGCUUCGCGUGACGACCCCGUCUCCGUUGUUAGGGCGGACGGAGAGGACGAGCCGCUGCUAGGCAGAGCUGGUGACGCUUCACAGAAAGAGGGAAAGGGACUUCAGUAUAACUUAAUUCUUGGAACUGCUGUCCUGGCGCAAGCGGGAAUUUGGAUUCUUGUCGCAAUCGUUUGGGCAAAUAUAUUCCUUUCUAAGCUCAUCUUGUUUUCCGCUCAUCCAUUGCUCAAUUCAGCCGGCAUUUUACUAGUCACUCAAGGGGUGCUAAUUCUGCAGCCUACGCAUUCGCAGCCGCAAAAACGGCAGGGUACCACCGUUCAUGCCAUCUUCAAUCAAUUAGGCCUCGAUGCUCUUGUGGCAGGCUUGAUUGUUAUAGAGGUGAACAAAUUUGCUCACAACGGGAUUCAUUUUGAAUCUCCCCAUGCGAUCCUCGGUCUUAUCACCUAUAUUUUCUUUUUUAUUCAGUCAUUUGUUGGUGUUACACAGUAUUAUACACCAGCUCUUUAUGGCGGAGAAGUCAAGGCUAAGAAGAUUUGGAAAUAUCACCGGGCAUCGGGCUAUAUCGUGCUCAUCCUAAGCCUUGCUACGAUUGCCGCCGCUACUCAAACGGAUUACAACAAAAACGUUCUCCAUAUUCAGCUUUGGGCAGUUUUAGUGGCCGCAGUACUUGUGCUGGCAGGAAUUAUUCCGCGGAUAAAGAAGCAGAAAUUUGGUCUGUCUUAAAGGUUCCAGAAAAGGAAAUUGGCAGCUCGAUCGCUAAGAUGUCUUAUAAUUGCGAUCAUCACUUAUGCGACGCUUAGUCGACUUGACUAUCGCGGGAGUACUUGGUAAAGCAGGAACAUAGGGGAUGUUUCUUCCGCCAUCACAACUCGACAUUGCAGUAGUGAAAUGAAGAAAUCUUUUAUCGGUCACAUUUC